AGUGCGUGGGCACCAAGGCUGAAACCGGUGCUUGGGCAUCAAGGCUAAAAUUUCUCCCAGACUAUCAGGUUUGAAUCCAAUGGGUUUAUGUUCCGGAAGCCGAUUUCUGAUAAACCCAUGAAAGCUUUCUCUGGAAAUCAUGCCCAUUUCUCGGUUUCUUUUCCUUUCCUCCAAACAUCAACUAAGGCAGUCCCUCAAUCUGCUUCAGAGGUUUGGUUCAUCUAAAAGGAUUCAAUCUCGUAGCCAUACGAAAUCUACAGAACAUAGACGAGUAAAGCCAGAGGCUCGUCCUUUACCUGUAAAGCGUGUAGAAACACAGGCUCCUCGCAUGUGGGGUACUCUUGUCAUUCCAGUUGCUGUAUUUGCUGGACUGGCAGCUUUGGUGUAUUCGAAUGAUCAGAGGAGAGCAAUUCCAAAAGGUGAAGGCAACAAAUGUGAUUGUGCCAAUGUGAAGGGCCCUAUUAUUGGCGGUCCAUUCACUCUGGUUGAUACAAAUAAUCGGGUUGUUACUGAGCAAAACUUUAUAGGGAAAUGGGUUUUGUUGUACUUUGGCUAUACAUCUUCCCCAGAUGUAGGACCUGAGCAAGUCCAAGUGAUGGCCAAGGCCAUAGAUACAUUAGAGUCAAAGGAGAAUACUAAGGUCUUACCUGUAUUUGUCACAAUUGAUCCUCAGCGUGAUACUCCCUCGCAUCUUCGUGCUUACCUUAAAGAAUUUGAUUCGAGGAUUGCCGGAUUAACAGGACCUGUUGGUGCCGUAAGGCAGAUGGCACAGGAGUACCGUGUUUAUUUCCGAAAGGUUGAAGAAGAAGGAGACGAUUACCUUGUCGAGUCUUCCCAUAACAUGUACUUAAUCAACCCAAACAUGGAGGUUGCAAGAUGCUUUGGCGUUGAGUACAAUGCCGAGGAGCUAGCAGAGGAAAUUCUUAAGGAAUUAAGAAGAGACUGAGCAUAAUUCCGUAAAAUUGUGGUAGUCUUGGGCUAGGGUUUUAUGGGAAAGCUUUCGAUUGUCUUACACUUACACAUGGCUGAUGAUAGGAUGUCCUGCAUGAAAUUCAUACUGUGUAAUUGCUCUCAUUUUAGAGCAACCAAUCAAUUAAGUUGACACAAGUAGACCCGCGCAGGUCUAGCCUGAUCCUAUUAAUAGUUUUAAAUUUAAUCUUUUUUAAGUUA